GGUCAGGUUCCCUGUUUGAAUGCGCUAACAGUAGUAGCUCGCGUUAGCUUAAUGUUAGGUUUGUAGUUUUAAAGUGGUUGAAUGUUCGUUUGCGGCUUUUUGUGAGCGAAGCUCGGCAGCAGCUUCAGAGGACGCAGAGUUGACCUGACAGCAUGGAGUCGGAGCUGCUGAUUGGGUGGCAGCAGGAGAAGGCGGAGCUUAAACAGGAAGUGUGUCGCCUGCAGGAGGAGCUGGCUGAGAGUCGAGCAGAGCGCGACGAGCUGGAGUCCAGGAGCAGAGCUCUCAAUGACAGGCUGUUCCAGUCAGUGUCUCCCUCGCUCGCCCUCUCUCUGCAAUUGGAGGGUGAGCAGAGGGAGUGGAGGAGGAGGGUGAGGGAGGGGAGAGAGAGGGAGGCCAGACAGGCUCUGCUCAUCCACCGACUGCAGAACAAGGUGUUGGAGUACAGAGAUCGCUGUCAGCACUUGAAUCUUCAGCUGCAGGAUGAACACACACAGCAGCUCAACACUGAGCGAAGGCUCAGAGAUGAACACACUGACUCACUGGAGAGCGCCCUCAUCAGGCUGGAGGAGGAACAGCAGAGGUCUGGUGGCCUGGCAGAUACAAACGUUUUACUGCGGGAGCAGCUCAGCCAAUCAGAGCAGGCUAACCAGGCCCUGAGGGAGGACCUCCAGAAGCUGACUUGUGAUUGGACAAGAGCUGUGGAGGAAGCGGAGCAGAGAGAGGCUGGUUGGCAGAGAGAGCGGGAGUGUCGAUCAGGUCUUGUGGGUCAGCAGCAGGCUCGGUUGUUGUCAGCUUGGAGGUCUGUGAUCGCUCUGAGACAACACUGUCACACCGUAAAAACCGCCGCCGACAGGGAUCUGUGGCAGUUGAGGGCGGAGUUUUCUCGUCUGUCCUCCUGUCUCCUGUCCAGCUGUGACUCCGUCUCCACCUCACUGAGGCUCAACACUCCUCCUAUCAAGCCCUUCUCCCCUGUGCCUCCCCCUCUUCUCCCUUCGGACCCCCCUCCCCCUUCCUCCUCUCCUCCGUUGUCCUCCACCUUGGUCCUCCCUCCUCUGGACUCCUCAUCAUCUGUUCGUCCUCUUGUCUCCUCCCUUACCCUGGGAACCUUCACCUUAGGAGAGCUGGAGCACAAUGAGGAGGAGGACACUGAGGAGGAGAAGCGGGGGAGGUGGGAGGAGAAGGAAGAAGAGCUUGCAGAGUUGAAGCUUCUUCAUGAGAAAAACGUUUUCCAGCUGAAUGAACGGGUUGUGGAGCUGUCUCGCUCACUGCAGGCUGAGGAGAGUCAGAGGGAGGAGAGAGAGAGAGAGGUGGAGAGACUUAGAGAAGCAGAGAGAAGCCUGCAGUCCGUCAGUCUGGCUGUGAUCAAACUGUCCAGGGUCCUGAGCAGCAGCAGCAGCAGCAGCAGCAGCAGGGCUUCAUGUGUCUCCUCAGACGGCGUCCUCAGUCUGGAUCUGGCCUCCCUGCUGUCUGUCCUGUCUCACGCUGAGAGCGCUCUGCAGUGGAGACACGAGGAACUGCAGGGGGCGGAGCUGUCUCUGCGGCGACGCAGCGAGGAGAUGUCAGCACUGCAGCUGCGACUGAAACAGCUGGAGGACGACAACCAGGAGCUGCACACACACACGCAACACACACAGCUUGAGCUCACACACACUCUGGACACAGUGAGCAGGGAGCGGGAGACGUCGUCCCUGCUGCGGCUGCAGGUGGAGGAGGUGCAGAGGAGGGUGGAGGAGGUGCAGAGAGAGAACGACAGGCUGAGGAGGGACAGGGACAGACAGGAGGAGAGAGGCAGACAGCUGGAGGCAGAAACACACAGACGAGUUGAGACUGAACUGUUGGAGAACGUCCAGCUGACUGAGAGAGAAACUCUCCACCAGAUGGAGAUUCACACUCUGAAGGGGGCGUUGGAGAGGCAGCAGUUGGACAGACAGAGGGCAGAAGACGAGGCUGCGGACGCCAGAGAUGCUCUGCAGAAGUCCAGGGAGUGUGUGUUGCGUCUCUCGUCCUCUGAGUGUGUGCUGAAGCGAGAUGUGGAGGAGGGACGGGACGCUCUGGACAAGAUGGCCGCCCUGAACUCGGCUCUGGCCUCGGACAAGAGAGACCUGAACAAACAGCUGCUGCAGAUGGAGUGUGAGCUGUCAGACAGCCAAUCACAGCUGCAGGCUCUGAGGUCAGAGGUCAGCUCUCUGCAGAGGGAGGUCAAAACCCUCAACCUGGACUGCAGCCAGCUCAGAGCUCAGAGAGAGGCGGAGGCCGACAUCAUCUGUCAGCUGAGAGAAAGGGAGAGAGAGACGGAGACGCUGAUGGAGGAGAAGGAGAGACAGUUGGUCUCCCUGAUGGAGGAGAAAGAGAGGGAUGGAGGUCAGAUGGAGGAGCUGUCCUCCCAGCAUGCCUCUGUGUCCGGGGAGCUGAAGGAGGCGCGGGAGCAGCUGCGGCAGGCGGCGGAGGAGCUGAGGAGGAGAGACAGAGAUCAGGAGGAACAACACAGGGAGAGCAGGAGGAUGCAGGAGGAGCGGGACAGCCUGCAGAGACACAGGGUGCAACUGGAGGAGGAGCUGCAGGAGCUCAGGUCUCUGUCAGUGUCGCUCCACCAGCAGCUCAGCCAGCAGCAGAAGCAGCUCUCACAGGUGGAGGUGGACAGAUGUCAGCUGCACACACACAUCCACACCCUGCAGCAGGCCAAAGAAGCCUUACAUGGAGAGAUCGAGUGUCUGAGAGGAGAGCUGGAAGGAGCAACAGCCGGGAGAGGAGAGGAGAGGGAGAGGAGAGAGAGGAGCGAGGAGCAAAGGGACGUGCUGAGAGAGGAGAUGGAGAGACUGACGAAGGAGGCGGAAGAGCUGAGGAGGAGGAGGAGGGAAGAAGAAGAGGAAAGGAAGGAGGAGAAGGAGGCCUGGCAGAGAGAGAGAGAGGCUCUGAGUGAGGAGCUGGGGAUGAGGGACGGAGAGGUGGAGGCACUGAGGAGGCGCAUAGAUGGACUGACAAAGGAGAAGGACGAGAGAUUAAGAGAGGAGGUGACCGAGAGGGAGGCGCGAAUCAGCCACAUGACAGAGAAUAUACAGCGGGCAGAGGGAGAGAAGAAGAGACUAGAGGAGGAGGUGAAGAGACUAGAGGAGGAGGUGAAGAGAAUGGAGGUCAGGGUAAGAGAGGAGGAGGUGCAGAGGGAGGAGGAGAUUGAGGCACUCUGUGACCGGAUAGAGAGAUUAGAAAGAGAGAAGGAGGAGAGGGAGGGGGAGAUGGAGCGACUGAGGAGUGAGGCGGAGGAAGAGGUGGAGAGAUGGAGGAGGAGGGUGGAGGAGGAGAUAAACAGACUGACAAAGGAAACAUCCAAACUGAAGGAGGACAGAGAGGAGGAAUGGAGAGUGAAGGAAGGACUGCGAGAUGAAGAAGAGGAGAAGAGGAGGAGCAGAAUGGAGGAGCAGGUAGAGCGACUGAGGACUGAAGCGAGGAGAGCAGAGGAGGAGGUGGAGAGGCUGAAGGAGAAGGUGGGAGAGGUGGAGCUGCUCAGGGUGAAGCUGAACGUAGCCAAGGAGGAGUGUGAGGAGAUGAAGGAGGAGGUGGAGCGGCAGGAGCGCAGUCUGGAGCGACAGAUUAGCGCUGUGAGGGAGAGGGAGGAGGAGGUGGAGGAGCUGAAGGACCGGCUGAGGCUGGUGGAGAAGCGGGAGGAAGAGGGGGCAAGGGAGCAUCAGGAGGUGAACGACAAACUGCUACAGAGGGAGGCGAGGGUGGAGCAGCUGGAAGCGCUGCUGAAAGAAACCUGGAUGCUCCUGGAGAAAGAGAGGAGGGAGGGAGGAGAAAAAGACAACAGGAUCUCCUCUCAGGCCAUGGAGCUGCAGGAGGCCCGGGCCAAGAGUGAGGGAGCCAGGAGGAGAGCCAGAGAAAGGGAGGAGACCCACGACAGGCUGGAGGAGGAGGUGAAGGAGUGGAGAGAGAAGGCAGAGCAGAAUGCGAGCGAGGCGGCAAAGCUCAAACAUAUCCUGAAGGAGCAAGAGGAGGAGAUGCAGCAGCUAAGAGCCAUGCUGGAGGAGAGGGAGGAGGAGGGGAGAGAGAGGGAGGUGCUGAGGAGAGCAGAGGUGGACAGGAGGAGGACCCUGAACAAUAAGCUGAAGGAGGUGGAAGAGGAGAAGCGGAGACUCGAGGAAAAAGUGAGGGAGGUGGAAGAGGAGUGUGAGGAAGAGAGGGAGGCCCUGAGCAGAGCCAAGGAGGAGAGGAGGAGGUUGGAGGACAGAUGGGAAGAGAAGGAAAAGGAGGAGAUGGAGGAGGGAAGGAAGCGAGAGGAAGAGGUGCUGAGAAGGGUGAGGGAGGAGAAGAGGAGGCUGGAGGAUGAGCUGAUAGAGAAGGAGAAAGAAAUGGAGGGACAGGGGGCGAUACUGAGGAAUAAAGAGGAGGAGAGGAGGAGGCUGGAGGGUGAGUUGAUGGAAGUGAAAGAGGAGCAAGGGAGACUGAUGGAGUCUAAGAGAACCCAACACCUCCUGUUGGAGGAGAGAGGGAGGUCCAGAGAGAGAGAACUGGAGGAAGAGAAGGCAGGACUCUCUGUGGAGCUGAGGAGGAGGGAGAGGGAGGUGACAGCUCUAAGAGAGGAGGUACAGAGGGAGAGAGAUAAGGCACAGGAGGAGCUGAGGAAGCGGAGAGAGGAGGUGUCUGUACUUAGAGAGGAGGUAUUAAGGGAACAAUCUGUGCUGAAGGAGGAGCUACAGGAAAAGCUGAGGAUGACUGAGGAGGUGACAGUUCUCAGAGAGGAGGUGAAAAGAGAACAAAGGGAUAAAAAGGCGGCACAAGGGGAGCUGGUGACGCUCAGAGAGGAGGUGCAGAAGGAGAGGAGGCAGAGCGAGGAGAUACAGGGGGAGCUCAGGAGGACUAAGAGUGAGCUGACAGUCAUCACAGAGGAGGUCCAAAGGGAAGAACAGGAGAAGGAGCAGGUACAAGAGAAGUUAGCAAGGACGGAGAAGGAGGUGAUAACUCUCAGAGAGGAGGUGCAGAAGGAGCAGACAAACAGAAGGGAGGCCCAGGAGGAGUUGAGGCAGAGGGAGAGGGUGCAGGAGGAGCUGAGGAGGAGUGAGAGGGAAGUGUCUGUCCUUAGAGAGGAGGUACAAAAGGAACAAAGGGAGAAGAAGGAUACAAAGGAGGAGCUGAUGAAGAGGGGGGAAGAGGUGACAGCUCUCAGAGAAGAAGUGCAGAAGGAGCAGAGGAGGAGGGGGGAAGCCCAGGAGGAGCUGAGAGGAGUGCUGCAGAGUGCGGAGGUGAUGGAGGAGAAGCUGAGCUCCCUGCAGACUCAGGUGUCUGAUCUGAGUCGGAGUAGGGAGCGAGUGAGGCAGGAGGUGAAGGAGAAGGAGGAGGAGAAGCAGCAGAUGAAGGAGGGUCUGAGGGCCGCGCUGGAGGAGAUGACCAAGCUGAAACUCCUCCUGCAGGAGAGCCACACAGAGGGGGAGCGUCUGAGGAGCGCUUUGAAGGAGGAGAAGGAGAAGAUGGAGACAUUCAGAGAGGAGAAGCUGCACACUGUCAGGGAGGAGGUGCUACGAGAGAGGGAGGAGGCAGAGGAGCUGAGAGCCAGAGCCAAGGCCCUGGAGAGGAGGAGGAGGGAGAUGACAGAGGAGCUGGAGGAGGCUCGACAGGCAAAGGAGAAGGCGGAGGAGAAGAGGAGGGAGGUGGAGGACCAGUGGAAAAGCAAAGUGGAAGAGAUGGAGAAGGAGCAGGAGGUGAAGCUGAAAGCGCUGUCGAGAGAAAUCGAGAUGCUGAAGGAGACUGAGAAGGAGUGGAGGUCCAGGUUGGAGGAGGCUAAGAAGGAGGUGGAGGAGAGCUGGGCCGAGCUGAGUCGGGUCAGAGCCACGAUGGCCAUGUUGGAGGAGCAGAAAACACAGAUCUCCUCCCCAGCUGCCGAGGGAGUGAGAGAAAGGAGGACAGGCCAAGAGACGGAUGAGAAGGAGAGAGGAGGAGGAGCAGGAGCAGAGGAGGAGGAGGAGGAGGAGCAGAUCUCCUCUCUGCUGCAGGAGAAAGAGGAGAUGAGGAGGCUGCUGAGGCAGAGAGAAGCUGAGGUGUACGCUCUCACUCAGAGGACGGAGGAGCUAGAGAAAGACAGGGAUCGUGUCCGAUUGGCUCUGGAGCGAACUGAGGCAGCUAUGAUUGGCUACAGGGAGAGAGCCCACCAACAGGAGCAGAGCCCGGGGGCGGGGUCUAACCCAGAUGAGCAGCGUGUGGGGGAGCGACUGGUGGUUCUACAACGUCUGGUGGCUGAACUGGAGCUGGAACUGAAACGACUGAACAAGAAGAACUCUCACCUGGAAGAUCAGAAAGAAAAACUGAAGAGAGACAGAAACACACUGAGAGACACACUGAGACAGGUGGAGGAAGAACGUUCAAGGUUCAGACAGCAGCUGACUGACAGCAGCAGAUCUCAGGAGUGUGGAGACACCACAGAAGAAGAACACCUGAGGACCAGAGUGAUGGAGCUGGAAGGCCAGGUGAGUCAGCUCCAUCUCUCAUUGGCCGUGGAUCAACAGCAUAAGGCGGAGUUUAUCCAGGAGUCCUCCAGAAACAGCCAAUGGCUACUGUCUCUGAGAAACGACCUCACCGACUCGCUGGCCGCUGUCACACGCUGUCCAAUCCCAUCCGUCCUGGAAUCUGAGACGCAGCGAUUGGACCGCAGCCUGAGGGAGGAGGAGCUUAGGAUGUCCCUCAGCCAAUCAUAAUAAUAACUCUUAACUGAAGCUUCGGACCAAAAACUUGAAAAUUUAAAAACUUUACAGGCUCAAAGGCAGCCUGCUGUGUCCUGUCGCCAUGGAAGCAGCUUGAUGUUUCCCUCAACACAACGUGCGUUUUAGAGCUGUCAUCUCAUUGGUUGCAGCUGUGUCUGAUGAAAGCGUGACGCAGGCUGCGUUCAGGAACCGUCGGACAGUCGAUCCGAACUGAUCGAUUUAUUGGUGACGGGCGAUUCUGUCUGAGUGGCUGAAGGAACUCGUGAGCUACGAGUCGCUGAGCUCAGCUCGCUCAGGUCCAGGUUCUGUCUUUUCUCAACCUGAGAAAACUUUGACCUGGACUUCAGAGACUUUUUAAAGUGUUCGUGUGUUUCAGAGAAGACAAACUGUUCAGGCGUCACAUCGAAGGUAAAAUGUUUGCAGAGUUAUUUAUUGUUGUGUUUUUGUAUUUAUUGUAUUUUCAUUUCUGUCUGACCCCUGAGCCACGACACACUACAUUUCCCAUGAUCCUCCAGUCUGGCUCAGGUGAAGGUCAGAGUACAGCUGUGUGUGUGUGAAGUUCAAUAAAGACCAGAGUUUUAC